AUGUGUGCAAAAGAAGAAAAUGGAGAGUGGGAAAUGCCCAAGGAAAAUUGUAAUGGUGAAAAUGGGGGCACUCCUCAUAGGGUCAACAAGUAUGCUUGUGCUUGUGUCAUGGCUGCCACUAUUAUCUCUGGUAUAUUUGGUUAUGUAUCGGGAGUGAUGGCUGGAGCACUAUUAUUCAUAAAGGAAGAACUUCUAAUCAGUGACCUUCAAGUUGAGCUCUUGGCAGGAAUCUUAAAUGUGUGUGCACUACCAGGAUGCACGGUUGCAGGAAGAACAUCUGAUUAUCUUGGUCGUCGUUACACCAUCAUUCUAGCUUCUGUUAUCUUCUUAUCGGGUUCCAUUUUAAUGGGCUAUGGUUCAUCCUAUUUAAUCUUAAUCAUUGGAAGAAGCAUUGUUGGAUUUGGUGUGGGUUUUGCGUUAAUCAUAGCACCAAUUUACAGUGCAGAGAUUUCAUCCCCUUCCUAUAGAGGCUUUCUCACUUCUCUCCCAGACGUUACCCUCAACUUUGGAUUCUUGCUUGGCUAUGUCUCGAACUACUUUCUUGGAAAAUUAUCCUUGAAACUUGGAUGGAGAACCAUGCUGGUUGUUCCUGCAAUUCCUUCACUUGUCCUUGUCAUUCUCAUGUUAAAAUUAGUAGAGUCUCCGAGGUGGUUGGUCAUGCAAGGACGUGUAGGUGAGGCAAAGAAAGUGCUUUUACUAGUCUCUAAUACAAAGGAAGAAGCUGAACAACGGUUGAAGGAAAUAAAAGUUGCAGCUGGGAUUGAUGAAAAGUGCACCCAAGACAUUGUGGAGGUUCCAAAGAAAACUCGCAGCGGUGCAGGAGCUCUUAAGGAACUGUUUUGGAAACCUUCACCACCCGUGCGUAGGAUUCUAAUUGCUGCUAUUGGAGUUCAUGUGUUCCAACAAAUAUGUGGAAUCGAGGGUAUUUUGGUAUUUAGUCCAAGGGUGUUUGAGAAAACAGGAAUCAUAGGCAAGAGCAAUCUCCUUCUAGCAACAGUUGGCAUAGGAAUUAGCCAAGCUGUGUUUACAUUCAUAUCAGCUUUCUUGUUGGACAGAGUUGGUAGGAGGAUUCUGUUGUUGAUUAGUGCAGGAGGCGUGGUUGUGACACUGUUAGGCUUGGGUGUUUGCAUGACUAUGUUGGAGCAUUCAAAAGAAAAACAAUUAUGGGCAAUAAGUUUUAUCAUUGUCUUUACGUACAUCUGUGUAGCUUUUGUAGCUAUUGGUAUUGGACCUGUGACAUGGGUGUAUAGUUCUGAGAUUUUUCCCCUCAGAUUAAGAGCACAAGGUCUUGGUGUUGGUGUGACUGUGAAUAGAAUUUCAUCUGUCGUAGUGGUUAGCAGUUUCAUAUCAAUUUAUAAAAAGAUAACAAUAGGUGGGAUUUUCUUUAUGUAUGCUGGUAUCACUGCUUUGGCUUGGUGGUUCUACUAUUUCUUGCCUGAAACCAAAGGAAGAUCAUUAGAAGACAUGGAGACAAUCUUUGAGAAAAACUCAAAGUCGGAGAUACAAAUGAAGCUUGACUACAGCAAAGUUAACAACGCAUCGACAUAA